AUGACGGAGGAUAUCACCGCGGGAGGUCCUAUUGUGGCGGAUGCAUUUCUGGAGGCCUUGGCGGAGGCCGGGGUUGACUACCUCUUCACCGUACUAGGCUCCGAUCACCCCAGUAUCAUCGAAGCCUACAUCCGCCGCCAAAGUGACCCAACCCGCCAGUAUCCCAAGAUGAUCCUGUUCCAGCACGAGUUCGUAGCCAUGUCAGCUGCAGAUGGCUACGCUAGGAUCAGUCACAAACCGGCAUGUGUGAUCGCCCACGUGGACGUGGGGACUGCUGCGCUGGGCCAGGGCCUGCACAAUGCAUCUAGCGGACGUGCCCCUGUCGUGAUUUUCGCAGGCGUUGCCCCAUCCACGCUGCUGAAUGAGACCCCGGGUUCUCGGUCCGAACAUGUCCAGUGGUACCAGGACAUUCGCGACCAGGCGGCCAUCGUGGCGCCCUACAGCCGUUUUAGCGCGGAGAUCAAAUCACCACAUAAUGUUGGAAGUGUGGUGCACCGUGCCGUCCUCAUGGCGACAACUGGCUCCCCAGGCCCGGUGUAUCUAACUGCAACUCGGGAGAUCCUAGCUACCCCCAUUCCCUCAGGUCAGCUCCGGCCGAAGCCGAUCCCAUCAUGUCACUUGGGAUCCCUAUCGCCCGAAGCAGUGGAGAUGAUCGGGAAUGCUCUGCUAGACGCAAAAUCACCCCUUGUAAUAACAGGCUACCUGGGCCGCAACCACAGCGCAGUCCAAAAGCUCAUCAGCCUCGCAGAGAACAUCCGAGGCCUCCGCGUCUUCGACUCCGAGCUCCGCGAAGUCUGCUUCCCAGCAACGCACCCAGCCUACCUAUCACGCAGCACAGGCGCUGCACCAGCCGUCCAAUCCGCCGACAUGAUCCUCGUCCUAGACGCCGAUGUCCCCUGGAUCCCACGGCGAGUUCGCCCCUCCCCAACCGCAGAGAUCUACCACAUCGACCUCGACCCCCGCAAAGAACGCAUGAACAUCUUCGACAUCAGCGCCUCCGCCACCUUCCACGUCGACACUGCCUCAGCCCUAACCCAACUAAACACAUACAUAUCCAGCUCGCCCCGCCUCCCAGCCCUCCAGGAAUCCUGGUUCCCCAGAGCCCAAGCCCUCCUAACAGCCCAUAAAGAAGGUAAAGCCCGCAUCGAUGCCCGCGCCACAGCACCCCUCGAAGACCCCACCCAACCUUGCACAGUCGACUACCUCUGCAGUCGUAUCCGCGCCCUUGUCCCCCAGGAUACAAUCUACGUCACAGACUCGGUCACAAACCAAGUCCCCAUGGCCGAACAACUCCAACUCACCCGUCCCGGAUCACAUCUCACAAAAGGAGGUAGUGGACUAGGCUGGUCUGGAGGCGCGGCUAUCGGCGUGUCACUUGCGACUGCACGGUACGAUGUAUCUAAUCGCCCCAUCCUCCAACCUAAUGAAACAGGCAAAGCACCAUUCAUAUGUAACAUCGUCGGCGACGGGAGUUUCGUUUUCUCGGUCCCAACGGCGGUGUUCUGGGCAGCGCAUCGGUAUCGGACACCCUUCUUGACGGUGAUCUUGAAUAAUGGGGGGUGGAAUGCUACCAGGCAGUGUUUAGUUGAUGUGCAUCCUGAGGGUGUGGCGGCGGGAAUGUCGAAUAGUGAUCUUGGGAUUUCGCUGGUGGAGGAUGGGCCGGAUUAUGGGGAGGUGGCGAGGGCGGCUGCGAAUGGGAAUUUGUGGUCGAAGAGGGUACGGAGUGUGGGGGAGUUGGAUGAGACACUUCGGGAGGGAGUUAGGGUUGUGGUUGAAGAAAGGAAGUCGGUUGUUUUGGAUGUUAUUAUUAGGUAG